GGGGCCUUAUUUCUUGGUGCACACCGUCGCACAACAUUGACGUCACGGAUCAGGGUUCGCCUAUGCGAACUCACGCAUUUCUGAACCUUUUGGAUUUUGCUUGCUGGGUUAGGUGCUGAAGGGAAUUCUGACACAGAGUUUGCCCAAUGAGAAUUGUUCAUUCAGAGUCCCCGAUGGCCGACAGCGUCCCGCCAGAUGCGGUGGGGAGACGUGUCGUCUGCGACGGAGAGAGGGGAACAGUGCGCUAUGUUGGUACUGUGCCUCCGACUGCAGGUUUGUGGCUGGGUGUGGAGUGGGACAACCCCGAGAGAGGCAAGCACGAUGGCCACCAUGAGGGGACGCGCUAUUUCACAUGCAGGCAUGCUACCAGCGGUUCCUUUGUUCGGACCAAGAAGGUCAGUUUUGGCGUGGAUUUCCUGGUGGCCAUGAGGCAGCGGUACGAGACCAAGCCGGACCAGCUCACCGCCGAGGAGCUGAAGAUCUCCAGCAAGAUGGUGGAAAGGGUCGGGUUCGAGGCUCUCUCAGAAAAACAGAAGUUAGAAAAGUGUAGAGAGGCCUCACUGGCAAGAUGUGAAGUUUGCAGCCCCGGACCUGGCGAUGAAAUCCAACAGACGUGUCCCAACAUCCUCACGCUGAACCUGUCCGAGAGUCUCCUGAGCUCCUGGGAGGACGCGGCCCGCGUCACCCGGCAGCUGGCCCAGCUACGUGAACUCAACCUGGGACACAACAGACUCCGCCUACCCGCUGACCCCGCCUCUUUGAUGCCAGCGUUUUCCAAGCUGAAGGUCCUUGCCCUCAACAGCUGUGCCCUCUCCUGGCCUGAGUUGCUCGAGUGCGCCCUCAUGUGGCCAGAGCUGGAAGAGCUCUACCUCUUUGGCAAUUCCAUCACUGAACUGCAGAAGCCGGUCAAUGUCCUGCAGUCCUUGACAGUCUUAGACCUGUCCAGCAACCCUUUGGCUGACGGAAGUGAAGUAAUAAAAAUUGGGGAACUACCCCGAUUGGAAAAUCUUAAUUUGUCCGACACUGGUCUGUCCUCCAUACAGUUUGAAGACGUAGGCCCAGGAUUCAAAACCUCAAUGUUCCCUGCACUGAAGACCCUUGUACUCAAGGACAACAAGAUCGCCGAGUGGUGGGUGGUGAGCGAGCUGGACAAGCUGGCCAGCCUGAGGCAGCUGUCCGUGGGCAGGAACCCCCUGCUGAGCGGGGAGACGAGCCGAGAGACCGCCCGGCAGAUACUCAUCGCCCGAAUCGCCCAGCUGCAGGUGCUCGACGGCAUGAAGAUCGUUCCGGAGGAGAGGAAGGGGGCGGAGCUGGACUACUGUAAGAUGUUCGGGGUCAAGUGGCUGGAGUCCGGGGGAAACCGCGACCCAGCGCUGGACCUACCCAGCGCCGAAUUCACUGCACAGCACCCCCGCUACCAGGCCCUCAUUCAGAAAUACGGCGCACCAGAGGAGGGGGAGCUAAAGAAGCAGAAACCAUUCGCCCUGAAAAAUCAGUUACUGACCGUGACGUUCGUGUGUCCAGACGAGGCCCACAGGAAGCCCGUCGAGAAGAAGCUUCCAGACUCGAUGACUGUGCAGAAGGUCAAAGGGCUUCUGUUCCGGCUGUUGAAGGUUCCAGGCUCUGAGCUGAAGCUGACCUAUACCAGCUCAAAGAUGGAGGGAAGGGAGAUCGAGAUCGAUAACGACCUGAAGACGCUGCAGUUCUACUCCGUUGAGGACGGGGACGUGGUGCUGGUUCGCUGGUCCUGAGGGCCAGGAUGGAGGAACGAGGGAUACUGCUGUCCUGUGACGGGCGGGGGGCAGGCAGGGCUCAGCCCAGAUUGGGGAUUUUAGGGGUCUGGGUCAGCUACAGCUACUCUGUGGAACGCUUCCUGUAGGUCUUCUUGCGUAACUCUUAGUGUGGAUCUACCUGGGGAACUCUCCUGAACUACCCAACGACCUUUCCAAAUCUCCACUGACCACAAACUGCAAAUAUGUCGCAUUUAAAAUUGUAAAUGUUCUUUGCUGUGUGUAUCAUUAAUAAACUCACAUAUAUACUGUU